CACCAUAUGUUUCUUCGGUGUGAAUUUAUUUUUAUUACUUUAGCUCGAGUUUGUUAGCUUUGCGUUAUUUAAAAGUGUUAAAAGAUAGUUAAAAGUAGUGAAAAGACGAAUUAAAUAUGAAACAAAAGUUGAGGAAAAAGCCUACGGCCAUCUCGAGUAAGAUAAUUGAGCAGAAAAUACAAACUCAAGGGAGUUACGAGAGGAACGCCUCCAUCCACGAAAAUAUAUCAAACCGUAACCUUAAAAUGCUGACUGAUCUCCAGUAUUCGAUUUUCGAAAGGGGAUUGCUGAGGUUUGCCGAAGAUCAAACGCCGAAGAAGGACUCGAGGCCGAUGACGAGGCAGAGAACGGCGGAUUCAAAGAAAGCGGACAGUCCGUUGACCGACGACGACCAAACAGCAGAAAUGAUAUCCAUCGUCAAGGAAAUUUUCCGCAUCGCGUACAAAUUCCCCGGAAUGCUGCAAGAUCUACUCAACGAAGAUUCCGAGUUCAAUGUCUUGGAUAACAAUUCAACCACAAACCUGAUAUAUCCGGCGAAAAAAGGGCACACCUGCCAGCUCGGCGAAUAUUGUGAACUGAACCACUGGGGAAACGACAACUUAAGAAGUUCUUCAGCUUGAAUUGCCAAACUCGUUCCUUCAGCGACGGACAUUCUUCUAAUGACCUGCACCCAUCGGAAGCCCGUUUCCGUGGCUCUAUGACGACAUGGAUGAAGACAUCAUUUCUUGCCCAACGACGAUUCAAGUCUCUUAACUAUGUAAUUAAAACGUGGUGGAAAUAA